AUGCAACGCGAAGAAAAACAAAACACCGAGUGUUCUCGCGAGGAUGAAGCCGAAAAAAUACGGAGCAAUCCAAGCUUGGUAGAGGAGUGCAAAAUGACUAGAGAGAGUGAGCCUCGAUAUGAAACUGAGAUCGAAAACGGCGAUGAAAGAUACGAUGUGUUCCAAGAAUUUAUGCCAACCGCCUUCUUUUUCUUUCACCGCGAAAGACGUCCAAGGCGAUGGUUCAUUCGCCUCGUUACAUGGCCAUAUCCUUUUAAGCUUUUAAAGUAAUGAUCUUGAUAUUUAUAGGAAUCGCUUUUCAUGAGAUUUCUUGCAGGUCAUAACUCUUGGAUUGACGAGUAUCUUUCGGAGGCUAUGUGGUACGACCUUUAUUUGAUGUUUUUUUUUUUAUCCUUACAAGGGAAACAUCUUUGAUCGGGUUCCCUUAUCUGGUUAUUUUUUAUCAUUGAUAUACGUUGUUGUUCACGAAACGUUUUGAGUCAUAAAUUUAAAUUUUGCAUGACACGAAUUUAAAAUUUAAAUUUUUCAUUUUUAGCUAUGUCUACAUCGAAGUUUUCGCUCUGAAAAACUGAUCAACUUCCCACUUUCUACAGAACGCAGUCACCGGUUUAAGCAUUUAUCUUUACAAGAGUUUUUCUUGAUUUUGCCAUAAAGCAUCUGACAACAUUAUUCAUGAUGAUUAUGCGAAUUUUCCCUGUCAGGCUUGCACCUAAAGUCACUUUCUCGGCCAAGCAGUUUCUAAAUGGUAUAUAACUAUAUAAAUGCCUUUCGAUAUCAUCUAUUGAAAUUUUAAUGCUCCUAAAAGCGGUGAAAGUAUUUUUUCACUAAUCUUAUCCACGGAUCAGUAAUUAAUUCAUUUUAUCCACUCAACUGCGGUUUUGAGACGGAGUCGCAAUCAGGUCCCUCUUUAUUCUGAAAUAUCCCAAAAAAUGAUAAAACUUUGAAAAUUACAUUAAUACUGACGUUCCGGGAAAAACUGCAUUAUUUGCCCUUUUUGUGCGCAGACAAUUUUUGUUGAAGAAAAAUGUACAUGAUCUUUGAAAUAUCUCUUUGAUAUGUUUUCAAAACAAUUGUAUAUUUUAUUUUCAUACCUAAUACUGUUUAACGUGGCCUACUGAUCUUUCGAAUGUUGCACAAUGUGUACUAUGUACACAUUUCAAAUCACUUGUUCUUUUCUAUCAGUGUUACCAGAAGCUGAAAAAUGUUACUUUAAAAAGACACAAUUUUUUUCCUUUUUCGAUUGCAAUACUCGGGUCGUUCUUAAUUUCCGGUGAAGAUAUAUUAUUAUUCAGAGCAAUGGUUUGUGCAUGUUAACUUUCUUUUAGAAAUUUGAAUAAAAUUUGAAAACUUCAAUUGAAUAAUCCAAAAAGGGAUGUUUAAUGCAUCAUGUUUCACCUGUGAUACGUUGACCAUGAAUUAAUUUUAGUAAAAAAAAAUUUUUCAGACCAUUUUGCAUCGAGAAUUCUAUAUUUUCUAUGAACUCUCAAAACUUCGAUACUAUGAAGAAUCAAGAGGAAAUGUUCUCUUUGUAAAAUGUAUUGUUAAGAAAACUGCAAGAAAAGUUCAUAAGUGCGAUUUUUCACACGUUUCCAUGGAAACCAUUGUAGAAGUUUCUUUUUGCGCUGAUUUUGAGGCGACAUUGUUCAAAUGCCAAAGCUCAGAGGAAAGCUUUUUUUAUUGAGAUAAAGAAAUAUUUAACGGCUUUCCCGAAAGAACCAUUAUUAUUCUUAAAAAAUUGGUUUGUGGAAGGCGACAGAAAUAGAAACACUUUGUUGUUGAUCAAAUGAACUAAGCUUUUGGUCACUGAGGUUCUUGGAACUACGUAUAAUCCUUCGCUUCUCAUCGCGGGUGCCUCAAAUGACCAUAUUCUGUGAAAACUUCCUUUUUACUAAAUCAAGGUUGGUUCUCGUACUAACAAACUAUAGCUGCCACAUUGAUGUACUGCAACAAAUUGUAUGAUAAGUAUCCUUUGGUCAAUAGGACCCUCAAGGUUUGUACCCGCUGACAUAGGGAUGUUUAUCCGGCGAUGGCUAGACGUUUUUUCAAACGUUGAUAUAUAAUUCUAUCUAAAAUGCAAUCCAUUAAACUUUGCGACGUUCAAAAUCUGCAAGAUGGUCAUGAUGACAAAAAUUUAUUUUCCGGAAAAUUCGAUGGAGGACAAAGCUCACAUCGAGGACAACUACUCAACUUCUUAAAUUUGCUUAUUUUCCGUAAUUACCCCAAGACAUUACUUUGUGCGUAGACUUAAGAAACUGAGAGUUUCGAAAGUAUUACGUAACUCAUCGAGUCUUCUAGAAACUAAAGUCAGCUGUACAUGAAAAUUGCAAUAUGGCUUCGUAAACUUUUGUUUGUGUUCAAUAUUGACAUGUUCGAUCAAUAAGAUUUUCUUUUAAUUAGUUCCUCUUUACACAGAAUGACAUCAGUUUGACUUGAAAUAACAGCAAUUUGAGUCAAUGAGUUUUUGGUACUGCCGCAUGAAGGGUAAAUUGUCAAAAAAGCUUUUAAUUACCAUCUUCUGUAUUUGUAGCUUUAGGGUACAUUUUUCUUCAAAGUGUGAAUCAAGCUCUGAAUCCAGGUUGUCUUUCUUUACACUGCUAACGGCGUUUUUUAUUUUUCUCGAUGUUUCAAAACCAAGAAUGAACGGAAACGCUUCAUUACUUUUUCCCAAGGCAGGACUGCAUUAAAAUUUCAUUGGGAAGAAUUUCAGUUGUUCUUAAUUGUGAUAGAUUGUUCAAUACAUUUUGUUUGGUUAAAAUGUUGAAAACUGACAGCAGGAUAUUAAAACCUGCUUACAUUAAAAACAAACAUAGCUGUUACCAUUAAUAUUCAUGAGCGACUAUCAUUUCGGUGAUAAAAAGAAAAAAAUGUUCUAGAAACAGGGUGAUCUUAAAUAUUAGAUAUUUGCAUUAGAACUCUUCUAAUUGACAAAAACUAACAAUAACUUCACAUAACGUCCAAGCAUAAAACGUUCGGUAGCUUCGUAAAAGUUCUUUUUUAAUUAUUAGUUUCCCUUAACAUUCUUCAAUUAUUUUGAGCGUUUGAGUAUCUUAGUGAUUCUUGUUAACUGCGUCACACUUGGAUUGUACGAUCCUUUUGAUCCGGAAUGUCAAACACAAAGAUGUCAGACACUAGAUGCCAUGGAAAAAGUUAUUUACACAUUCUUCUUGGUGGAAAUGUUAUGCAAGUGGAUGGCCAUGGGACUGUUUGGGAAACUGGCGUAUUUCGGCGAUGCAUGGAAUCGUCUAGAUUGCUUUAUUGUAGCUGCGGGGUAAGAAGUUGAGUUUGACGCUUUUAAUAUCUUAAUAUUAAAAUGUGCAUUUUUACUGCGCAUGACUGUCCCAGUGAUCGAGUCUCGCGUGGAAUAUAGAUUGCAGGGCACCAGCUCGGUUCCCGUCUGGGGGCCCGUUUCUCGAAGGUUCCAAUAAGUUAAUUGGCUCGUAAAGCCGUUCUAAUUUUCAUUCCAGAAAGGGAUUUCAAAGAAUUUGAAAACGAUACUAAAAUAAAUACAAGCUGAAGAAACAAAGUGGUCUGGUUAAGGUGCCAGAAACUGCUUCUCUAUUGUUUAAAUUAUGGGUUAUUAUGGCGGGUUCUUGAUCAUCACACAUUUCUCUAAAAGUGUCUCUGUUUAUCCAGGGGUAUAAAUGGAUUCCACAAAACUUUCCGAGAAAUUAGCAUUCCAUCCAGUUCCAAUCAACUCACGUUACGAAAACCGGAAUAAACUCCAGCAGUUAGCUCGUAACAUUUAACCUUUCCUAGCACGCAGACAAAACAUGGCAAAUCGUACGACUCGCUUUAACCACAAAAAAAGUUUCUGUAAACUCACGCCAUUAAUUUUCUCUCUCUGUAAGAACGUUCGAAUUGCUUUACAACAAAGGAGAAUACCUGAGUGCUGUUCGUGCCAUUCGUGUUCUCAGACCCCUCCGCGCCAUCAACAGAGUACCAAGUAAGUAAAUUUUGAUAUGAGUUGUGUAAGGUUUUUGGGACAGCCGUUCUUAUUUUUUUCAAGUUAUUUAGAUAAGCGAGACGUCUUUUAUGAAUUGAAACAAAAUGACACAAAAAAACAACUAAUUUUUGUAUGUUUUGGUUUUGUUAGUAACAUUGCUAUUUUCAACCAUUUUUUCUGUGAUCAUUUACAGGUAUCAGAAUUCUUGUGACGUUAUUAUUAGACACCUUACCAAUGCUAUGGAAUGUCCUGGCCAUUUGUUUCUUUAUAUUUGCCAUAUUUGGUAUCGUUGCUGUUCAGUUAUGGAGAGGCGCCUUAAGAGGGAGAUGCUUCCUUGAUUUGCCACAAGGCGUCACAGAAGAUAGGUUUGUAUUUUUAAUAGUUCACCUCACAUUGUACAAGUUGUGCAGCAUUUGCAAGAAAAGUCAUUUGGCUAUAGAAGCUCUUCACACAUAUCGAUCAAGGUAGUCCAUCAUGGUAGUGUGAUUUAUCCAGCCUGAGGCAAAUGACGCAAAACAGGGCAAUAAGUUCAUUCUGCAACGGUACCUCCUUUCAGGUGCUCCCUUAGAGAAAGAAAAGUUUAUAGGGGCGUUUCUAUUCCACCCUGGACUUAACCUUAUGUCCCCAAUUCUCGCAUCAUGUCAUAGCUUACACCUUCACAUACACAUGUUUACAAGUAUUGUUCGAAGAGGUAUCGGAAAAAGCUACUGUUGGCAUGUUUGUUUCCGGAAACAAUAUGCUGUGUGCUGUAUGAAAAAGAUUUGUGAAGGCAAAAUGAAAUAUAGCACAACUAUGACAUUAAAAUGUUAAGAUAAUAAUUACGACAAAACAUAUUUUUUUUCCUCUUCAGUUACAAUUUAACAGAUUUCUACAUACCUUCGUUCGACAACCCUGAUUUUGUAUGUGCCGUGACUGGGGUACCAGGAAUGCAGACAUGUAUCAGUGAGUUUAUCCCAGCCUUGAAGAAUGAUAACAGAGAAUGUACACUUACCUAUGAAGGAUAUAUCAAUCAAUCGAGAAGAUCAAAUAAUUCAAAUAACUGCAUCAACUGGAAUCAAUAUUACACAGUCUGCCGGAAGGAGGGUGAUAACCCUUCAUGGGGAGCCAUUGGGUUUGAUAAUAUUUUUAUUGCCUGGGUGGCCAUAUUUCAGGUUUGUAGCGCGUCUAGUUCCUUUAUACUUGAAAAUAAUCUUUAGUUUAGUCAUCAACUCAUAAAAUCUUCGCCAAAAUUCAAUGACGAAGUAAGUUUCAUAUAAACUAGUGAGAUUUCUCGCAAAUUUACGAAAAAAAACAUCAUUACCCGGGUAAAUCUAUCCACAGGUCUGCAAAACUUUCUUAAUUAGCAACAGUCUUCUUUUGAGUAUUUUUCGCCCCACAAGGUUUGCCAUAACAUUUCCUCUUUGUUCCAUGUCUUGCUCAAAAAACGGCGUGUCUCUCUCCUGACUCGUCCUUGUCAAUUUUUUCUACUUUGCCUAACAAGUCUCGAAUGUCAAAAAAAUCGGGAUUUUGUUACAUACAUUUCUUCAAACAUUAUUUACAGUCCUCCAAGGGCAUUUCGAAAUAAAAAAUGUAGCGUAAUUGUAAUUAAAUCAUUGUUAGGAAGAGCCUCUCCAAACUUGCCGUUUUACUGCAGGUAAUUACACUGGAAGGUUGGACAGAUAUCAUGUAUUAUGUGCAAGACGCCCAUGGAUUUUGGAAUUGGAUUUACUUUGUAAUUCUUAUCGUGGUAAGUUCUUGAUAUAAUUAUUCUGCUAAGUGGAAGUUACGAGAGGAAUUCUCCAUCCACUCACUAUUUCCCUUUUCAUUUACGUUAGCAACUUACGAAAAACGCUUCUCCGAAGAAGACGAUUGAUUGAUAAAUAAAUUGCCAGCUACAUCUUGGAAAUUAAGUAAUUACAACUGAGUUGAUAACGAAAAUUGGCCGCAGUAAAGUGUUCAAAAGCUAACGUUUCGAGCGUGUUAGCCCCUCGUCUAUAUAUCGCUCUGACGAAGGGCUAACGCUCGCAACGUCAACUUUUAAACUUCCUUUACGGCGGCCAAUUUACGUUAUCAUCUCAGCUGAUAAUAUUAAAUUACCCUACUAUACUCUCUCACCGACGCGGUACCAUAGUUUCUUUAGAAACUUACUUCUUUACUCCUGUAUCUUCGAAAUACGUGCCAGCGAUGCUUUCUUUUAUUUUUCAGAUUGCUUCAUAUUUUAUGACUAACUUAUGUCUAGUCGUCAUAACAACGCAAUUUCAAGAAACUAAACAACGCGAAAAUGAACUAUUACGCGAGAGUCGGCGGCGAGAGGGGACUAGCACUAGUACCAUAGCUAGCAGCCGAUACGGAAAAGAUGGCUGUUGGGUGGAAAUACUUAGAUAUGUCGAGCAUUUAAUCAGAAGAUUUAAACGAAGACUUUAUAGGCGAUUUAAUUGGAAAUAUUGCGAUAGUGGAAGUAAAAGGAAAAAAGGUUCAAAACACAGGAAACGGAGACGAAGAAAGAAAAAACUUGUCUAUCAUCAUCACCAUCAUCACCACCAUCAUCACCAUUAUCAUCAUCACGUGCACUGCACUGAUCCCGACUGUCCAUGUAGUAAAGUGGCGCCGCAGUUUCCGGUUCAUCCCGGAAGUGCCGACGUCACACCAAACACGUCUACAGUGGAUAUUCAGCCGAUUCAAUCGAAACACUUUCAACCAUCUGCUAAUACUUUAACGGUGCCAGGACAAGUUCCUGGUAACGGGACAUCGGGACGAGAAAAUGACAACGGGAAAGGAACGAUACCAACCAUUUCGAUUAUAACUGGAUCGUCCUGUUCUGUUCGCAAAGAACCGUCUUCGUCCACGCAUGGAGGUGAAAUGAUCACAACAGCAACUGCUGCGGUAGCUAUCAAUGGAAAAUCUGCUGUGGCUGACAUGGCAACCCACACUUUCUUGUCAGCAGCCUCGCUCUCAAGCGCAGCCGCAACUGCUACAGCCAGUGCAGCUGCAGCGUCAGUAAUACAUAAUGUUUGCUCAUGCGCGGUAGAACAUGUGGAGGAGGAUAUCAAAGUAGAUUAUGAAUCUGAGUGUGUUUAUGAAGAAGAUGGUGGCAGUGAGAGCGAAUUUACUGACGAUGAGGUUGAUGAGGAAGAGGAUGGAAAGGACACAGCAUGCUCUCGACUGCGUCAAGUGUGUCGAAGAAGCGUGGACAGCAAAUGGUUUAUGUAUAUCAUUAUGGCGGCUAUCUUCUUGAAUACUCUCAGCAUGGGUAUUGAGUACCAUGGGCAGGUAAUUAAAUUGUUUUUAAUAUCUGUCAAUAUACGGAGAAAUGGCGGCAAAGAUUUUGUCUCUUCGGCUCCUUGAAGGUGAAUAGUAUUGGCUAAUCACUCGUGCACUGGCCAAUCAAUGCGCCUAAAAAGCACUUUUCAUCUAUGUGUUAUAAAAUCAGUAAAGUCAUUUUAGUUCUUUUUUUUUAGCCUUCAAAGAUGACAGAGGUGCUUGAAAUUUUGAAUUACAUCUUCACGGCCAUAUUUGGUAUUGAAAUGGUACUAAAGUUGAUAGGCAUGGGUCCCUAUGGUUACAUCAAAGAUCCUUUCAACAUAUUUGACGGAUUUAUCGUUAUCAUGAGGUUAGUAGUAUAACUUGUUAAAUUUUUUAACUUUUGUUUCUAUCUGCUUUGAACAAUAUCGUAGUUUAUCACAAAACUGGAUGUCAAAACAAGUGAAUGUCCAAGAAGACAAUGCUAGCGGACUGUUGCUUCGAACUGCAGUCGUUUUCUGAGGACUACAGAGCAGUAAAAAAAUUCGAAGAAAUAAAUUUUAAUUUUUUAAAUGGGAAAUAACAACGCUUAUUUUGGAAAAAAUGGAAUUUUGUCAGACGGUCAGGUCAAAUUCCUCUUCAAACUUCAAUCAGAUCUAUCCAUUUGUUCCUUUUUUCAGCAUAGUGGAGCUAUUUGGUGAUGGUAACAGCAGUAUAUCGGUUCUGCGAUCUUUCCGACUGCUGCGCAUAUUCAAGCUGGUCCGUUUCCUACCAGCCCUCAGGCGUCAGUUACUCGUGAUGAUCCAUACAAUGGACAACGUAAUGACUUUUCUGGCUCUAUUAAUUCUCUUCAUUUUCACGGCCAGUAUACUGGGUAUGAAUCUUUUCGGAGGCAAGUACAUGUUCCCGGAUGAAGAUGGGGAAAAAAGCGCAGCUCGUGCAAAUUUUGAUGACCUUUUUUGGGCGCUGGUGACUGUGUUUCAGGUAAGUCAUUUUACAACCAAAAAACAGUAAUUUCACGACCAAAAGCUUUGUUGACCCAAAAACAGAUAGAAUGCUACGUUUUUCGCAGUUACCUCCUUCGUUUCGAGAUUUUUUGUUCAAUUUUGCUUUAAAUUAUUUUUGUGUAUGUUGACAAGAGUCUGUUUUAAACGCCAUUAAAAAAAAUACUCUUGGUCAAACGAAGGCAAUCUUAUGCAUACCGAGGAAAAAUGUGUAUGCUACUGUAAUAAGUCAUAACUGCUGCAGUAUGUCCUAUAUUUGGCUUGAUAUGCUAACAUGUGUUUUUUUGUUGGCUGAUAAUCAACUUAAUACAUUUGCUCGAAUGCAUUAGAAUUUGUCCACAAUAGCCGUAAAGGAAACAGAACACCUCUUUUUGCGUCCUUCUAAUGCAUUUGCGCCAUCGUUAUCAUAUUACGAAUAGCGUCACAGAGUCUCCAUUUUACUCUUAUAACGUGUCAUUGCUUUGCGCUUCUGCUAAACAGGUUCUAACGCAAGAGGACUGGAACACAGUCAUGUAUGACGGCAUGAGAGCUACCUCUAAGUGGGCAGCUUUGUACUUUAUUCUUCUGAUGACCAUUGGUAACUACAUUCUCUUCAACUUACUAGUGGCUAUCCUGGUCGAAGGAUUUGCUAAUCAGCCGGUAAGAUCCUGUGUUUGCGUCUUCUAGAUGCUCCUCUUCUGCUCAGUCUAGAUGAUUUUCAAGUUGUUGCUUUAUCUUUAUCACUGCAGAUUUAAAACUACAUAUACAUAUAUAUCUCUUCGUUGCCAGGAAAAGACUGGAAGCACUUGGAGUGUAAAAUCACGAGCCUCAAGCUCAAGAAACAACGGGGACUAUGACACUUGCAAGGAGUUAGUCUCGUAUCCUGUCAAUACCCCACGGGUUUGUGUAAGCCGCAUACCCUCUCACGAAGACACGUCACAUGGAAAUUAUAAUGAACCGGAUAAGCCAGUUCAGCAUAUGCGCUGCUCAUUUCCGUCUCUAUCGCCUAAAUGUUCACUCUUUAGAGAUGUAAGUUAGGUUUAUAUUAUUUUUUAUUAAGAUCAUAUAUUGGUUUUAGAGACCGAAGAACCUCCUAAAAUUUGUCUCGCUCGUAACAUUCGACUUUUUAGCUCGGUUGCUAGUAGCGCGCACCUAGUACCUUAGGGGCAUGGGUUCGAGCCCCGUCGAAGCCUGAAUUUUUUCAGGCUUCCUUUAAGCAACUUCUGCUAUUGAAGCUCACAAACGAGGUUCAUUUCUUUACUUAUAAACCUUGCGUUUUUUGACAACGGUUGAUGUUUUAAGGUGCGCAGACGGCGAAAGAAAGCCUCCUUCCCGUUCUUCACCUUUAACCUCUGCUUUCUCUCGCCCAAGCCUUUCUGUUACUCCCUUUCAGCUCGCGCUUCUCCCGCGAGGCAGAAAAAGGAAACUGCAGCACGGACUGUUCGUGACGAGCGAGAAAACCUCUGAAACCGCGUGUGAUUGAUUUUUUAAUUUUAGGAGUGUCACGCCUCGGCUCCAGCUUCCCCAGCCAGUACCUCGCCUUACGUGGCACGGAAGACCUUGUCAUUUGGUGAUACAACAACUAUGGUGAUUGCUAACCCCGCGCAUGCAGAGCGAUGCAUUACUUCAGAUGAUGAAAACGAGGUCUAUAAACUCAAAUAGUUAUAAUUGUUCCGAUAUACUACAGUUGAACUUUCCCCAUCGGAUGCAUACGACAACAAAAUGUUGUGAAGGAAACAUACUGUUAGCAGAACCGGUUGAUAAAACUGUUUUAUGGAUAAGGAAAAUGCUGUCAUUGAUUAGAACUUCCCAUGAACCUCAUUCAGCCCUAAAUUUUCUCCUCUGGUCUUAUAAAAUCUUCAAAAUAAUAAGAAAACCCCCGGGAUUUAGAGACUAUUUUAAAUUUAACUAUAAAGGUAUUUCUGACUUUUCUGAUUUAGGGUGUCUGCCUAAUUAUAGAUCCCAUCCAUAGAAAUUGCAAAAUUCUAAAGACCUUGAUAGGCCUUACUGAACACUCUGUUCCUUGAUAGGCCUUACUGAACACUCUGUUGGGCCAAAAAAUCCUGAAAUUGAUAGGAGGUUCCAGUGCAAACUUAAUUUCAAGACUAUUUAAUUUAAUCGGUAACUUUAGAAAUGAUGAAAUAUUUCUUGGAUAGUUUUGGCUUGGUCGCCCUGACUUUCCCAACACUGAUGGUUUGGAAUGGAAACGGUACUGAGAAAGACCCACAAUUCAGUGCUUUAGUUUUAACCCUUUCCUUUUAAACAUCUACUUUGUUCUGUCGCUCAGACUAGCGCCAAAGAAGAUGACGAAUCAGUCGUUGCGAAUGAGGGUGUCUCGAGAUGCUGUCCUAGAAGGAGAAACUGGUCUUUAUAUUUAUUUUCGCCGUCUAACAGGUAAGAAUGCGUCAAACUUAGAACUACGCUUACUACCGCGCCUGCUGGCGCAAUUCAACUUGCACUUUCAUUUUUUAACAACACUAACAUAGAGAGAAACAUUCUCUGAGAAACCUUGACCUCAACUGAAGGUCAUAGUGUACAAUCUACGACACAAUUCUAGACAAAAUUAAACACGGAUCAAGUGGAGAACUCCUAUUCUAUUCGCCUAGGUUUUAAAUAUGACCUAGCUUUGAAACUGGUAUUAAAAUUAAAUUUUGUAAAUAUUGAAAAAUAAUUAGUAUAGUUAAUUAGUAUAAUUAGUAUAAAUUAAUUAGUUCUAAAUUGGAAGUUUCGUAACAUAAGACACGUAGUUUUUAUCUCAGGAAUUAAUAAAGACUAUUAUUAUUAUUAUUAUUAUUCAACUCUCAAAAACCCUAAGCAAACUUAUUCUGCACCCUACAGACUUAACGGAUAAUCGAAGUAUGCAGGCUUGCGUAUGAGAGCGCUUUUCUUUUUAGUGGAGGAAAACAAAACCGGAGAAAAACCAAGAAAAAGAUCAGAUGACGAGCACAGCAACACUUCUCUAACCUUAUCUCUCGGUUUUAAUUUUACUGACUUAUCCCAUUUUAGAUUUCAGAUUCAAAAUAUAUGCAUGUUCGACCUUAUUUAAUUUGUGUGUCUUCAUAGGUUCCGCCAGUGGAACAUCGCCCUGUAUAAGAACAAGUGGUUUGAUCGAGUGAUAUUAUUCUUCAUCUUGUUAAAUUGUGUGGUUAUGGCUCUGGAAAAACCUGGCUUGAAAAGUGACGACAAGGUAAGUUACUGAUUCUUUGAAAAUUUUGAUAGCUACAACAACAAUCCUUUUCUACGUGUUUGAUAAUUAUUAUAGGUUGUAUGUUUUCUUGUCGGUUCACGUUCUGUUUCCCGACGAGAUGAUUACGUGCAUGUAGGAAAUAAUUGCAGUCCAUAAACCAGACCAAUAAUCUGAAGAGAAUUUUAUGAAACGCUGCGGUAAUGGACCAAACAAUCGGCCAGUAAUUUUGUAGAUAACAGAAGUAAUGAAACUUCCAGCUCGAAAUUCAACUAACUUCAGAACACAACGUACUUUUUUAGAAGUUAAGACACUUUUCCGUGAAAAAGAACAACGCAUGCCAAAAGAUUUUAAGGCCAAAUUUAAAUACCUGGUCGAGUCAAGAAAAAAAUUUCAUAAUUCCUUUCCUCACUGAAGGCAACCCUCAUAACAAUUUUCUUACAUUGCAGCUGAAGAAGGCAAUUGACAUCUGUAUGUACAUUUUCCUUGGAAUCUUUACUCUAGAGAUGAUGGUCAAGGUACGUAAAACACUUCCCAUUUCGAUCCAGAAAUAUCAAGUUCAAAGAUGGAUGUUAUGGAGUAUCCCUCUUAAAUUGCAUUGUUAUUAGUUCCGAAGAUAAUUCUGUUCUUCCUCAAACAGCAACCCUCGAUAGUGGAAUCAGGCCAGAUGUAUAUUUGAUCACCGUAGCCACCCUCUCCUUCUGUCUCCACAGGUUAUAGCUCUCGGUUUCUGUAUUGGUCGGGAUACGUACAUGCGCAAUUCUUGGAAUGUGAUGGAUGGCUUCUUAGUACUUGUGUCCUGGAUUGACGUGAUCGUUUCCCAGACAACUAAAACUGAAAGUUCCAUUUUAGGAGUGUUACGAGUAUUUCGAGCGCUCAGAACACUGCGACCAUUGAGGUAAGUAUGCAACAGCCGAUCUUGUCAAUCUUUUGCCGGUUUGAUUUAUUUUUUUCCGAAUGGAUAUUCUUCAUCAUUUGAAUGAACUGUCGCUUACGCAAUCAGUCUUACUGCAAUAGGUUUGUAUAUCGAUAAGUGAAUACAUAGAGGUUCUAUGUCAACCCAACCGUAGUUUGUUAGGUUCAUUCUUGGUAACAAAGUAAAUGGUUCAAGAGAGUUCCCAUAAAAGGCCUUUUCUUUUUUUCCAAUGUUUUUUUUAGGGUGAUAAGCAGAGCACCUGGUCUCAAGAUUGUGGUGGAGACGCUAAUCUCUUCCCUAAAACCGAUUGGAAACAUUGUGCUUAUCGCUGCGACAUUUUUUAUCAUAUUCGGCAUCCUCGGUGUACAGGUAAGUAUUUACCGAAUCUCAUUUCUCUGAAUUUUUUUGACAUUUUUCAAAUAAUGGAAAGACGCGACGGUAGAGAACUGGUUCGUUCCCACUGAGAGUGCUCGCAAUAUGCUGUUGUAACUCGUGGAAAAAGAAGAUUCUGAAACGAAUCUAAGUUGCCAGAAGAGUUUGCAGCUACGAAAAGAGUGACAAAUAUAAGGAUAUUGUGUGACUAAACAGAGGUUAAGAUGGCACUAGAGAAGAUUUUUACGGAAAAUAGGCCAUAAAGUUUUAUUCCAAGCCGUCUACUUUCAGCUAUCUCACACUAGCAUAGACUCUGGAGAUCUUUUUUACCACUUUUCUGCAGUUUGAUUUAAGAAUCACACGAAAGUUGAAUGAUAACUUUGUUAUUUUAUGCCGUUACCGUUGCUAUGAAGGUCCCUUUUAUAAUUACCGUUUCAUUUCAUAAGGUUUUAAACGAGGAAACUAAACGAGAACGAACAAAGUUGUUUCUUAGAAAUCUGCAGCAUUAACGUGUUCAUCAUUUGACCUGCAUUUAAUUGUUCACAGCUUUUCAAGGGAAAGUUCUAUCAUUGUAAAGACAGUGAUUACCCCACAGUGGUCACAAAAGACGACUGUCAGCAACUAGGACUCACCUGGGAAAACAAGGAAUACAACUUUGAUAACUUGGCGAGGGUAAGAUUUAUUCCGAGGAUUUUAGUUUGUUUGUUUGUUUGUUUCUUUGAGUAAUCUACAUGAUAGUAAUGAAAUAACUUGUUUACAUGAUUCUCUGCAAGAAUUUUUAGGGAAAAAGUAUAGGACAAAACAGAAUAAUCAAUAAACGUUUCCUCAUCUAGUUUCAAGUUAUAUUCAAUCAGUUUUGUAUUGUCCCCUACAGGCGCUUUUGACUUUGUUCGUAUUUUCCACUAAAGACGGCUGGGUGACCAUAAUGUAUGAUGGGAUAGAUGCUGAAGGUGUUGACAAACAGGUAAAUAGCUGAUUAGUGAUAACAACACACAACACGAAAGAUAGAAACGCAAAACGAACUGUCAAACGAUGGUGUUGCCCACGAUUAAAUUUACCUGAUGCCCUACCGUAAGGCUCUAAGGUAAGCCUGUUAGGUCCCUCUUCUUUGGUAGUUUAUCAGACAGUCAAUAUUAUAUAGUCGUCCCUUUAUACGACUGACCCUCCCCCCGCCCCCUUGCGUUUCCGUAUCCCCUUUUCCAAGUUCCCUCCCCCUCCCCCCAAAAAAUUCCUCUGACCCUUUCCCCGUAGAGAGAUAAUGACUAGUCCGAAGAUAUUAGAGCUUAUGAUUAACAGGGUAUUGUUACUCGGAAUGAAAUUGGUGUUAAGAAUUUAACUUUUCCUUCUUUCAUAGCCAAUUCCAAACAGGAACAAAUGGAACGUUUUAUAUUUUGUGGCGUUUCUCUUAUUGGCGGGGUUUGUGGUGCUGAACAUGUUGGUUGGUGUGGUUGUGGAAAACUUUCAGAAGUGUCGCGACAUGAUAGAAAAAGAUCGCCUGGCUGAGAAAGAAAAAAAGAGGCCAGAGAAACUUCAGUCUGGUAUGUUGUAAUCAGGCAUUUUUAUGAUUGCCUUAUUAAAAAGAAAAUAUUUUCUUUAGCUGUAGAUAACAUCAGGCUUUUUGAGCUGACUUCAGAGUUGAAUCUUGACCAAUCUAUGCCUACUUUUUCUCACAGAGGCUGACAGGGAUGAGGCGGACGAUUUUCCACAACCUCGAAGGUUUUUCCACCGAAUUUGCACUCAUGGCUACUUUGACCUUGGUAUCUCGGCUGUUAUAUUCCUGAAUGUUAUUUGUAUGGCUAUGGAGCAUUACAAUCAACCCGAAGUGAGUCGGGCUUUCAUCAGGAAGUUUCUUUUUUUACUGUAACUGGAUAGUUUUGUUUCACUGAACGGCAUGUUAGUCCAUAUUUCUCCUUGACCUUUACGAGACAAUCUGUGCGGAGUCAGUCGAGGCUGACAGCCGCUUGUUCAUGGCAAUAGCUUGUCAGAAUCCUGGAAUGAAGCUGAUUUUCAUUUAAGGCCCUUGAAGUUCUGUAGCAUCCAUGAUCUGUGAAUGCAAAUAUGUACCGCUAAAGAAUAAUGUUUUGUUUUGUGAAAGGGCAAGAACGAGAAUUCAAGUGACACCACUUUUGUCCAACUCGUAGAAUCUCUUUGAUCCAAAGUUUGGAAAUGCAAAAAAAUUUUUUGUCAAACUCGGCCUCUCAAGUUCUGCGAAAAAUCAGUCUCCCCCAUCCGGGUGGCCGUUACAACUUGUUGCAUAAAUAUAGCGCCGUUAGGCAUUUAUGCAGUUACUUAUUUCCUUCAACCUAUUUUAUUCGAUUUCCUUUAGGAAAUGACAUUGUUUCUUCGAUACGCAAAUUACGUAUUCACAGCCAUUUUCAUCGUGGAAGGCGUUGUGAAGAUUUACGCUCUAGGAUUCAAAAAGUACAUCAAAGAAAGGUAUGAUCACUCAUCAGUGUUAUUUUCAGCGCUUUUACUUUCUUGUUUUUAAGUUUUUUCUUAAAAGCGUAUGAAUGUAAACUGUGUUUCUUCUCAUCAGAUGGAACCAGUUGGACUUGCUUAUCAUUCUGUUAUCAAUUGUCGGAAUUGUCCUGGAAGAAAUGAAAUCUAAGCUGCCAAUCAACCCGACUAUCAUCCGAGUUAUGAGAGUGCUUAGAAUUGCACGGGGUAAGCACAGUUGUGGCCUUAUUUGUGCCUUACGUACAAUCCACCCUCCCACGGCAUGCCGCACACAUCCUUCGAAUUUCACGCAACUCCAUUGGCUCUAUGUUGUUUUAGUUGUCACGCAACUCCCUUGGCUCUAUGUUGCUGCUGUGGUCACGCAACUCCCUUGGCUCUAUGUUGUUGUAGCUGUUGUUAUUGUUACUAAUGUUUUUUUGAGCUCAGAAAUUUGUCUGUAGUUGUCUUGUAUACGAUAAUUCUCGAUCAAGAGAACUCAGGGCCACAAUAGUGUAUGUGUUUCCUUACUCUGUUACUUUUUGACUACAGUUCUAAAGCUAUUGAAGACUGCUGAAGGAAUCCGAAAACUGCUGGAUACAGUCGCCGAGGCCCUACCGCAAGUAAGUAGCGUUAAAACUAAACAUCUGCGCACUGAAGAAAUGUUGUGUUUUGUGUGAAUAUCGAGUGACAGGCAUACGUCAUUGUGUCAGACCACAACGGGAUUUAAGACUGGAUACUUGGUGUGUAUCCUCGCCGAUUUAAGUUUCGGUCAAUUCCACGUUUAUUUGACCCCGGGAAUCUGCCUUAUUCGUGAUAUUUUCAUCGUUGUUUUUUUCUUAGUAAAGUCUUUUGGAUCUCAGAUAAAAUAAUCUUAGCUCAGAUUUUCAACCAAGCGGCAACCGGUGCUUAUAUAUUUCGUAACGUCACUUGAGGUUGGGAGAGCGGUGUAUAUUAAGUUGUCUUAUCAUCAUCACCUUACAUGCCAUGCAGAGGUUACACCGUCAUCCUUCUCUCCUACUUUGGAUAAGUUUUUACAUGUAAGCAACUAUGCAUACGCCUGCAGUGUAAUGUUGCAAUAUCCACUAAUUAAAAAACUAUGACAUUUUUUUAAUCGCAAUACAGGUUGGCAACCUCGGUCUUCUCUUCCUUCUAAUGUUUUUCAUCUUUGCUGCUUUGGGAAUGGAGUUGUUUGGUCAAGUGGGUACGUUCUGAACGGUCGUUUAUUGUCAUUUUGAUGUUGUGCUUUGAAAAUUGUUUCUUAAGUUAUAUGUCAUAUCUUACUAACGACACUCAUCUGAAACUUGCUCUAUUGGCUUUUGUUCUUAUUGGCUAUUAAGCUUUCGUUGAUUCUCACUUCAUAACGAAGCUGUCAUAAUUUUUUGGUUUUGUUUUUGUUUUUUUUCUUUAUAACGGAGCUUGUUGUACCAGGCCCAUAUUUUUUUUUAUCGAAGUGCGUGUAAAGCUAUCUAGCAAAUAAGAGUUAAAAACACCUUCGAGGCUAUCCACAGGAUAGAGAUUUAUCCCAUAGAUAGCUUUAGCCAUCCUUUGGACAACAGGGCCUCACAAAUAACAUUUCUCUUUCUACCUAGUAUGCACGGACGAAGUACCAUGCGAGGGACUGGAUCAUCACGCUCACUUCAAGGAUUUUGGUUUUUCAAUGUUGACAUUGUUCCGAGUGUCAACCGGAGACAACUGGAAUGGAAUUCUGAAGGUAUCAAACAAAUAUUACCAACAGUUUAGUGACAUAGUCUCGUUCAUCUUCAUCGUUAUUAUUAUGUUGGCAUUGCUAUUAGAUUCAUCAGUUUCAUUGGCAUUAUCGUCAAAGUCAUUUUCGUUUUUUCAUAGUAAGAAGUCGUUCCAGAGGCGCUCGCAAAUAUUCAAAUACCUUUACAGGAAAAUUUCAAACUUACGGUUGCGUCGAGUUCGAUCACGAAACGUGCUCACAGUAACUAAGGAAAAACUAAAUAAUCUCUUGUUGUUGUUAUAAUUGUUUUUGACCGAUAAUAUCUAGUCACCAAGAAAUAUGAAUUUGAUUUCCUUCCUUUUUCUUUUAACAGGAUAUAAUUAACAAGAAGCGUUGUGAACUAAAUCCCACUCCAGGCUGCGCUGCACUGGAACACAUCGCUCCCAUCUAUUUCGCUAUAUUCGUCCUGGCGACACAGUUCGUUCUUCUGAACGUAGUGGUAGCCGUCCUGAUGAAGCACUUGGAGGAUGCCAAGGAGGAAAGUUCUACAGCGUCUAAAGAAGGGUCAGAUGAUGUGUCGGCAAUGCAAGUGGAUGGAGUCUCGGAUCCCAAACAUAUCCAGGGAGAAUCUUCUAUAGAUCACGAGUAUCGCAUGGUUCCUUCCAGUACGAAAGGAAAAACAGAAUCGAACAAUAACCCUAUGGUUGUAGUUCCAGUCGUUGGCUUUGUAAGGCAGUCGAAUGGCUCCGAUAGCAGCUUAAGUUCCUUUGGCCAUGUUCAACCUGAAGGUGGAAGCAGUCAUUGGCUUCCAGCGAUCGAUCAAACAAAACCUGAGCAUAACAAGAGCCUCGCUUCAAUACGACUCCCACCGAUCGGAAAGAAUUCGGAUAAACUCGAAGAUUCAUCGCUGUCUGAGCUGUCAAGCCCCGAGAACGACAAACCCAGCAAAAGGCUUGAUGGUCAGAUGUCUCCACGGGCUCCCAUCUACGUCAUGAGCGAGGACAGCGACUUGUAUGAUAGUAACAUGGAGGUCGAUCACGAUCACAGCAAAGUGUUUAAACCGGUUGAAAGAUCCGCCAAAUCAAAAGGAUCUGUUCGUUCACCUUCAUCUCAAUCAAGCAGUGAGGACGAGGGAAAGAAUAACAAAUCACAAUUCAGAAAGCCUCACCACAAAUCAGAAUCCCCAAGAGGAAAGACUCGCAAAAAACAACCUAAAACAUCCAUCGUGUCACCCAAACCAGAGAGUAAACCAGCAAAACCUGAUGCUCGGUGGGCAUCUCCAGUAUUAAAUGUGGAGAAAGGCACAGAAAUAAUCAAACUAGAUAGUCCUAAAAAAGACGAAAACCAGGGAACUGAUUAUCAAAUGCAAAGCUAUGUGUGAUAGACUUUCGUCAAACGAGAGAAACAUAAAUUAGACAGAGAAUGUAAUUUUAACUGACACACUAAAGGCAAAAAGAGUUGCCGGGUUUUCUCUCAUUUGUGAACUUCUUUACGCCCUUCUUUUGUUGCAGGACAGCAGUUUGAAAACAUUGCAGCUAGAGCUAAACUUUCCUGCCGAAAGCUCUUGCAUUUGAGGACUUAUUCGCCCGUUUAAAUUGAGCGCAUUCUGAUGGCCGGUCUGAAUAAGCACUUCUAAACAUUCUCGAUUCAAGAGACAUAAAGUAAACAAUUAAAAUAAGUGUAGGUGUAGAAGUUUUAUUUUUGUAGCUGUUGACCGAUCGUUGUAAAUAAAAAACAGCUCUCACAACGUGUAAAAGUAAAUAAAAAGUAGACGAUUCCUGUCUCUUGACAGGACCGAGCAGGAUAUGCAAGGAAACAUAGAGAAGAAGGUCAUAGUUUGUCGAAAUUCUUUAAUCAAUGGUAUAUGGUUUUUAAGAACAGAAUAAAACAAUUGAAAUGUUUU